ACAAACAAGUGUAAGAAGAAAUCAAUGCAAUCAGUUGGACUUAUACGUUUCGAAAGAGAUCAACAAAUGUUUAUAAAAAUUUUAAUAAUAUUAAUAAUUUGCGCAUUGUUAAAAGCCAAUGAACUAGAUUAUAACAACAAUAGUAUUAAUAAUAAAAAUUAUAAUAAUAGCAACAACAGCAGCAACAAUAACUUCAAUUUAAUUAAUUAUAAUACUACAUCUCAAAAUAAUACAACAAUCACAAAUAAUUUAAAUGAAACCUUAAAUAUUGAAUCCAAUACAAAUCCAGAAGAAAAUCGACGUCGUAAUAAGUCAAUAUUUAUACCACCACCUCGACAAGCAGCCAAUUGUGGUUUCAAACAUAACGGUAAACUAUUAAAGUGCUGAUAUUUCCUGCUUUGAAUUUUUGAAAUCUCAAUUUCCCUUAUAAAUAAAUUGUGAUCUUGUUGGUUGAUUGCCAAAUAAAGAUCAUGUAUUUAUUUAAUGUAAAAAUAUUUAUUUUAAUUUAUAUUUUAUUGAAAUUUUCAUUGGCCAACGAGGAAAGUUUUGACACCGAUGCAUCCCAUGAUUUUAAUGAUACCUCUUCAGAAAUAGUUUAUUUCAUAGCCCAAGCACCUCGCCGAAAUAAUAAGAAUUGCGGUUUUAAACAUAACGGAAAACCUAUACCCUGCUCUAGUGAUAAAUUAUUAUGAGGGCGUUUUUUCUUUGUAAUAUUAAGUAAAUAAUUUAAAUAAAAUGUGUAUGAUUUUUAUAUGUUAAUAAAUUAAUUUAGUUAA